CCCAGCAUUGAGGAAAAGAGCAGAAAUAACGUCACGCAAAGCUCUUACAUUCUUCUCUAUAAGCUAGUCUUCUCCGUGGAAAGUCUUCAGUCUCCAUAGCCACCCGCAUCAAGCAUACUUCACAGCUCACUCUCCAAAGUGAUUAAUAAUUCAUAGAAACUCUGAAUUAGGGUUCCUCCACAAAAUCUGGCUUGUUGGAAGCCUUACUUUACAACCAUCCACAUCCACGUUACUCGCUUUCACACUCCUCUCAACCCCUCCCCCAACUUUUCUGUUUUCACGCAGCUCGGAAGGUAACGGGGCUUUAAUAAAAGUGAACGAUAUGUUGGCAAUUUGGGGGUGUCGUUUUGACCGGAAUGGGUGUGGCCAAAGCGUGAAGGUUUAGCUUGUCGUUGACGAACCUGGCUCUGUUACCCCGCCCAAGUACUAAGAAUGUGUGUUGGAGAUCGACGGCGACGGCGCAGGCGAAAUUUCAUCAUGGGAAGCCGAUCUCCUGGUCCGUGGUGGUGUGCGGGUUGAUGCUCUUCGGGCUGGGUCUAAUUUCGCUUUUAACGGGUCAUUUGGCUUCUGAUCUCGAAUGGUACUCCCAGCGAUUGGUUCAGCACACAUUCUACUCCAGACUGGAUGAGGUCUACCGUGAUCCAGUUGAUGUAUGGCAGUCUCAAUAUUCUAGAUAUUACUAUGGAUGCAGUGAGAGGGGACGGCACUUUGCUUCCACUGUACGUGAGCAUUUGUCAAAUGGUUACUUGCUUGUUGCAACUAGUGGUGGACUGAAUCAGCAAAGAACUGGGAUAACAGAUGCUGUGGUUGUUGCUCGAAUUCUUAAUGCUACACUGGUGGUACCUGAAUUAGAUCAUCAAUCAUACUGGAAGGAUGACAGUGACUUCAACAACAUUUUCAACGUUAAUUGGUUCAUCGCUUCUCUUGCAAAAGAUGUUAAAAUUGUCAAAAGAGUACCUAACAAGGUCAUGCGCUCAAUGGAAAAGCCACCAUAUACAAUGCGUGUACCUAGGAAAUCAGAGCCUGAAUAUUAUCUAGACCAAGUUUUGCCAAUCCUUCUGAGAAGACGAGUUCUGCAAUUGACAAAGUUUGACUAUAGACUUGCAAAUAACCUUGAUGAUGAGCUGCAAAAACUACGUUGCCGUGUUAAUUAUCAUGCUUUAAGAUUCACAAAACCUAUAAGGGUUCUUGGUCAGAGGCUUGUCAUGAAAAUGAAGAAGAUGGCAGACCUUUUUAUAGCUGUCCAUUUGAGGUUUGAGCCAGACAUGCUAGCUUUUUCAGGUUGUUACUUUGGUGGAGGAGAAAGAGAGAGACGUGAGCUUGGUGAAAUUAGAAAAAGGUGGACAACAUUGCCUCACUUGAGCCCGGAUGGAGAGAGAAAGCGAGGGAAAUGUCCUCUUACUCCUCAUGAAGUUGGUUUAAUGCUGCGAGCACUUGGUUUUGCAAAUGACACGUUUGUCUACGUUGCAUCAGGAGAGAUAUAUGGUGGAGAUGAGACUAUGCAGCCCCUUAAAGCUCUUUUCCCUAACAUCUUUACAAAGGAGAUGCUUGCUGAUGAAGAGCUGAAACCUUUCCUUCCAUUCUCCUCCCGCCUUGCUGCCAUUGACUAUAUUGUCUGUGAUGAAAGUGAUGUAUUUGUCACUAACAACAAUGGUAACAUGGCCAAGAUUCUUGCAGGCAGAAGGAGGUAUAUGGGUCAUAAAAGAACCAUUAGACCCAACGCGAAGAAGCUUAGCGCGCUGAUGAUGGCAAGGGAUAAGAUGGACUGGGAUACCUUCUCCAUGAAGGUUAAGGCAUGCCAGAGAGGAUUCAUGGGAGAGCCAGACGAGAUGAGACCUGGACGAGGAGAAUUUCAUGAAUAUCCCUUCUCUUGUGUGUGUGAGAAACCAUUUGUGGAUGAAGAUACUCGGAGAGGAUAUCACCCUUCUAAGCAUAGUGCCACGAACGUUGCGGCAGAAGAUGACGACUAGUACUUCCUUGUCUUGGAGAUCAAAAGAAGAAAAUGAUUGUGCUCGGUAUAUAAUUAUUUAUUGUUGGCAUCUGGGUGUGAUUCAGUAUGGUAUGGUCAUUACCCCUCUUUACUUCGGUGACGGAAUCUAAGGAGUUGGUGAAUGGGCCAGGUUAGAGCCAUAUAAAAGUUCAAAUUGUAGCCACAAAUGUCCGUGGAUAUGCUCAGUUCAAAGUUUUACUUCACCUGUGAGUUACAGUUGCAUGUUAUCUUCAUUUUGAGUAUCGUCACGCAGGUCGUGAUCAUUUGGUUUUUGUUUAAAGGCGUAACCAGACCGUCUCA